AUGAUGACUCUGAUGGACCGGCAGCAUUCAAGCAAAGAAAAGGCUGUAACAGUACCCACGACCUGGUGCAAGAAAAAAAACUUUGAAAACCCCUGCAACUGCCGCAAAAAAGUUAAGUGCUAAGAAAUGUCACCCUUGGAUCUUACCUUAGGUGCUUUCAAGAAAGUAAUUGAACAUUUUGGAAGGCUGGAUAUUGUGGUUAAUAACGCUGGAGUGAACAAUGAGAAGGACUGGGAAAGCACUAUACAAAUUAACUUGACAUCUGUGAUUAGAGGAACCUACCUCGGCCUAGAAUACAUGAGAAAAGGAAAUGGAGGCGAUGGAGGAGUAAUCAUUAAUAUCUCAUCCUUGGCAGGACUCAUGCCUGCUGCAUUCCAACCUGUGUACUGUGCUACAAAGCAUGGUGUAAUUGGAUUCACACGGUCAAUAGCAUUAGCUGCUCAUAUGGAAAACUAUGGUGUGAGACUCAACACAAUUUGUCCAGGAUUUGUCAACACACCAAUUCUCCAGUCAAUAGAUAAAGAAGAGAAUAUGGGACAAUAUUAUUCAUAUAAGGAUGAGAUCAAAAAUAUGAUGCAGUUCUAUGGCGUCAUGGACCCAUCAAUAAUUGCUGAGGGACUGAUAACAAUAAUUGAAGAUGAUACUCUAAAUGGAGAAGUUAUGAAGAUUACAGCAUCUCAAGGGAUUCAUUUUCAACAAUACAGCCAAACACCUUUUACGUCAAAGAGAUAA